CUUGGUACCUGCCCAACCAAAGAAGACAAAGAAGCUUUUGCCAUCGUUUCUGUUCCAGUGUCAGAAAUCCGAGAUCUGGAUUUUGCCAAUGAUGCCAGCUACAUGCUAGCUAAUGUGGUAGAGAAAAUGAAUGAAGGAUUCCUUAGUCAGAAUGACCGGAGAUUCGUCAUCCAACUGUUGGAGGACUUGGUUUUUUUUGUCAGCGAUGUACCCAACAACGGUCAAAAUGUUUUGGAUAUUGUUAUUACCAAGGCCAACCGAGAAAGGCAAAAACUUAUGAGGGAACAGAACAUACUGAAGCAGAUCUUUGGAAUUCUGAAGGCUCCAUUUAAAGAAAAGGGUGAGGAAGGUCCACUUGUACGCCUGGAAGAGCUAUCUGACCAGAAGAAUGCUCCAUACCAAUACAUGUUCCGACUCUGCUAUAGGGUACUGAGGCAUUCCCAGGAGGAUUACCGCAAGAACCAGGAACAUAUUGCUAAGCAGUUUGGAAUGAUGCAGUCACAAAUUGGCUAUGACAUUUUGGCUGAGGACACCAUCACUGCCCUCUUGCAUAACAACCGUAAACUUCUUGAAAAGCAUAUAACCAAAACUGAAGUGGAAACCUUUGUGAGUCUGGUGCGAAAAAAUCGAGAACCCAGGUUUUUAGACUAUCUAUCAGACUUGUGUGUGUCAAAUCAUGUAGCCAUUCCUGUAACUCAGGAGCUGAUCUGCAAGUGUGUCUUGGACCACAAGAACACUGAUAUCUUGAUCCAAACUGAAUUGAGGCCUGUGAAGGAAAUGUCUCAGACUCAUGAGUACCUGAGUAUUGAAUUUUCUGAAGAGGAAGUCUGGUUGACCUGGACUGACAGAAACAAUGAUCAUCAUGAGAAAAGCAUCCGACAGCUGGCCCAGGAAGCACGAGCAGGAAAUGCCCAUGAUGAGAAUGUUUUGAGUUACUACAGAUACCAACUGAAGCUGUUUGCCCGCAUGUGCAUGGAUCGGCAAUACUUGGCCAUUAAAGAAAUCUCCAAGCAAUUGGGUGUGGAGCUAAUAUUUCUCUGCAUGGCAGAUGAAAUGUUGCCCUUUGACCUCCGAGCCUCUUUCUGUCAUCUCAUGCUGCACGUACAUGUGGACAGGGAUCCACAGGAGAAAGUAAUGCCUGUGAAAUUUGCACGCCUGUGGACUGAGAUUCCUACAGCUAUCACUAUUAAAGACUAUGAUUCUAAUGUGAAUAGUUCAAGAGACGACAAGAAGAAUAAGUUUGCCAGCACAAUGGAGUUUGUGGAAGAUUAUCUCAACAAUGUAGUCAGUGAAGCAGUUCCCUUUGCUAACGAGGAGAAAAAUAAACUGACUUUUGAGGUUGUCAGCCUUGCCCACAACCUCAUCUACUUUGGCUUCUACAGCUUCAGUGAACUGCUGCGUUUGACACGGACUCUUCUUGGCAUCAUAGAUUGUGUCCAGAACCCUCAGUUGAUGAUGCAGGCCAUGUAUAAUGAUGAUGUGGCUGGGAAAAAUGUCCGAAGAUCUAUCCAUGGUGUUGGCCAGAUGAUGUCUACUAUGAUGCUGAGCAGGAAGCAGUCCAUCUUUGGUUCAUCAAACAUGAAUGCUGUGGUUGUUCCUGAGCCAGCAGAUAGGGGAAGAAACAUAGAAAAUGAAAAUAUAGUAGUGAUGGAAACAAAACUGAAAAUUCUAGAGAUAUUGCAGUUCAUUCUAAAUGUGCGACUAGAUUACAGGAUCUCCUAUUUGCUCUCGGUGUUCAAGAAGGAGUUUGUGGAAGUUUUUCCCAUGCAGGACAGUGCAGCAGAUGGAACAGCACCAGCCUUUGACUCUACAACUGCAACAAUGAAUCUGGACCGGAUUGGGGAGCAGGCCGAAGCCAUGUUUGGGGUUGGGAAAACAAGCAGUAUGUUAGAAGUGGAUGAUGAAGGAGGACGUAUGUUUCUCCGGGUACUAAUCCAUCUGACAAUGCAUGAUUAUCCACCUCUUGUCUCAGGCUCUCUUCAGCUUCUCUUUAAACAUUUCAGCCAGCGUCAAGAGGUCAUGCACACCUUUAAGCAGGUAAAUGCUCAAUGUAACUCUCAGUGGUGGGAAUAUUUUGCAGUUCUGAUUCUGGAGCGACUAAAUAAAAUGUGUGGUGUUGGUGAGCAGAUGCGAAAAAAACAGCAGCGUUUGCUGAAAAAUUUGGAUGCUCACAAAGUGAUGCUGGAUCUGUUGCAAAUCCCUUAUGAGAAGGGUGAUGCCAAAAUGUUGGAGAUUUUAAGAUUAACCCACCAGUUCCUACAGAAAUUUUGUGCGGGCAACCAAGAAAAUCAGACCCUUCUGCAUAAGCAUCUCAACUUGUUCCUUACUACUGGGCUUCUGGAGGCAGAGACAAUGCAGCACAUCUUUCUGAACAAUUAUCAGCUGUGCUCUGAGAUCAGUGAAGGGGUGCUACAACAUUUCAUCCAUUGUCUGGCUACACAUGGGCGCCAUGUUCAGUAUCUUGAUUUCCUUCACACUAUCAUCAAGGCUGAGGGCAAGUACAUUAAGAAAUGCCAGGACAUGAUCAUGACUGAG